GGGCGGUGCCGGCGGCAGGCCCGGCAGGUGGCCGGCACGGUGGCGCGCCCCGCGGCCGCGGUCAGAACGGCGGCGGCCAUGGCCGUGUGUGCCCGGCUGUGCGGCGUGGGGCCCGCCCGCGGCUGCCGCCGGCGCGGCGCCGCCCGGGAGCAACGCCGCGGCGCCGCCGACAGCGAGCCCGACACCGAUACGGACCCCGAAGAAGCGGGAGGUGGCGGCGUCACGGAGGACGACGAAGCCGCGGAACGCAUUGAGGGCGGGCGGCCCCUGCCGCCUUCAGUCGAGGCCGGCCCGGCCGGGCGGGCCCCGCUGUCCCUGUUGGAGCUGCCCCCGGAGCUCUUGGUGCAAAUCUUCGGCUCCCUGCCCGGUACCGACCUGCCCAGCCUGGCCCGAGUGUGCACCACCUUCCGCCGCAUCCUCAGCACCGACACGAUCUGGCGGCGGCGCUGCCGCGAAGAAUAUGGAGUGUGUGAAAACCUGAGGAAGCUGGAGAUCACAGGAGUGUCCUGUCGAGACGUUUACGCCAAACGUAUAAACCCCCGGGUGAAGUCGGGGCGUUUUAUGAAAAUCCUGCCCGACUACGAGCACAUGGAGUACAGAGAUGUUUACACCUGCCUGCUGCACCGCUACCGGCACAUCCUGGGAUUGUGGCAGCCGGACAUCGGGCCCUACGGGGGACUGCUGAACGUGGUGGUGGAUGGUUUGUUCAUCAUUGGCUGGAUGUACCUGCCCCCUCAUGACCCUCACGUGGAUGAUCCCAUGAGAUUCAAGCCCCUCUUCAGGAUCCACCUCAUGGAGAGGAAAUGUGCCACGGUGGAGUGCAUGUAUGGCCACAAGGGACCUCAUAAUGGCCACAUCCAGAUUGUAAAGAAGGACGAGUUCUCCACCAAGUGCAACCAGACAGAUCACCACCGGAUGUCAGGGGGCAGGCAGGAGGAAUUCCGGACGUGGCUGAGGGAGGAGUGGGGUCGGACUCUGGAAGACAUUUUCCACGAACACAUGCAGGAGCUCAUCCUGAUGAAGUUCAUCUACACCAGCCAAUAUGACAACUGCCUGACGUACCGGCGCAUCUACCUCCCCCCCAGCAGCCCCGAGGACCUCAUCCAGCCAGGCCUCUUCAAAGGCACCUACGGGAGCCACGGGCUGGAGAUUGUCAUGCUGAGCUUCCAUGGCAAGAAAGCCAAGGGCACCAAGAUCACUGGAGAUCCCAACAUCCCAGCUGGACAGCAGACUGUGGAGAUAGACCUGGCACAUCCUCUGCAGCUGCCUGACAUCGAGAACCUGCGUGACUUCAGCGAGCUGUCCCGCAUCGUGCUGGAGGUGCAGGAGCAGGUCCGGCGGGAGGAGCAGGAGCACAGGCAGGAGGAGGAGGAGCACUCCCAGCAGGCUGCCUCCCAGCCUGCCAGCCCCCUGGGAGGAGAAGGUGCUGAGGGGGAAGAGACUGCAGCUGGGGCAGAGGGGACGGCCCAGGACAAGGCCCCAGCUUCCCAGCCCUUCGUGCUGCCCAUGGGAGUGAUAUCGAGGAACGAGGAUUAUCCCCGGACCUGCCGAGUCUGUUUUUACGGGACAGGGCUCAUUGCUGGCCACGGCUUCACCAGCCCCGAGAGGACGCCGGGGGUGUUCGUCCUGUUCGACGACGACCGCUUCGGCUUCAUCUGGCUGGAGCUGAAAUCCUUCAGCCUCUACAGCCGCAUCAAGGUCUCCUUCCAGAACGCCCAAGCGCCUUCCCGGGAGGCCUUUGAUGAGAUGCUCAAGAACAUUCAGUCCCUGGCUACUUGAGGAGUGUUUGUGGUGAAGGACAGGGCUCGGGGUGGCCGAGGCUGCUGCGCUCCCCAGCCGGGCCGGGGCGGGGAGUCCUCGCUCUCGGUUCCUCUGGAUAGAAGCAUGCACUUUGAAUAAAGCCUUUCUACCCCAAAUGUACACACAUCCCACUUGAGACAUCCCUGACUGCCCUUUCCUCUGUGCCACGCCACGCUGCUUCCCAGCAGUCCCUGUUUCCCAGUCUGUGCUUUGGAGAGCUGAAGGAUCCUGCAGAGGAGGGAGCAGACCUUCCUUUGUGCAAAACAAGAAUGUCUUGGGACAAAACCAACUUCUGGUCAGAGCUGGACAGAGGAACGGGCAGUGACAAAGCACAUCCUCCUCUCCAGAAACCUUUCUGUGGGUGCAGCAUUGCCAGGAGAGGCUGGUGUGAUCCUGCAUCCUUGCUAAUUGCAGUGUGUGGUUUCCUCUGGAGAAUUCCCUCAGCCAGGGCAGGAUCCCCACUGCAGAUGAGUGUGUGCAGCAUUGGCCUGGCUUCUGGAGCUUGAUGGAUGUGCUGUCCCUGGAGCUCAGGUCUGGGUGUCUCCCUGAAACCAGAGAUGUUUUUUUUUCUCCUUGCAGGAGCUGGGUGUGGGACUGGAGAUGGGUGUAAACUGCAGAAGCUCUGAUGUCUUCAGAUUGGUUUGUACCUGAAAGGUUUUCUCAGUUCUUGUAAAGUGGGUCUGAAAAUGCACAGGAAGGAGCCAAAAGAAGCCCAGCUGUGAGAUGAGCCCAGUAGGCUCCAGCUGGGCAGCACAAGGUGCCACUGGUCCUGUGUGACCCCAGGGCUGCCAUUCCUGUGCAGGUUGCCCUUCAGAGUCCAGAGUGACAAGGGGUUGUCCUUGUGGCUUCUUGUGGCUGCUGGAGUGGUGGCUGCUGCUGCCCCACUCACAGAGCCCUUCUUUCCCUUCCUUGCUGCACUUGUUUGAUCCCAGAUGCUUUUGUGGAAGAUCUGAGCUCCAGAUUUGGGAAUUUGGGAAUUGUGUGCUGCAGGCAAGGGAGCAGAUUCCCUUUGACUGUGCUGUGCAGGAGAAUCCUGGCCAGUGCUCAUUUCCAGGCUGUGGGUUGUGCUGGAAACCAUCAGCACUAACACAGCCCUUUGUUGCAGCUGCCCUCUGGCUGUGAUGACAAACUCCAGGUCCCUUCUCUUCUCCCCAGAUCGGUGUCUAACAAACCCCUGCUGUUACAUCUCUGCAGUUUAAUGUGUCUGGACCUGUGCUGGGAGGUUUCAGGCCCCUUCUGUGGAGAAGUUUCAGUCCCUGCCUGGUUCCAGUGCCUGUGAGCAGCUUUUGUUCUCACUCUCACAAGGGCUUUUUGCCAUUUCUGGCUCUCAUGUGUUCCCUCAGCUGUGUGAGGAGCCAGGCUCCAGCAGAGACAACAGGCAGCAGCUCAUGUCACUCACAGGAUUAAUUCCUGUCUCUCUGGUAGAGUUCUCCAGACCUCUGGGAAUUUCAAGGUGAUUUAGGGCACUUUUUGCUUUGUUUCCUGCAGCUUUGUGAGAAGAGGCAAGCCUGCCUCAGCGCUGGGGGUGAGGAGCAGUGCCAGGCCUGCAGAAUAAGCUGGGAAAGGCUGGGUGGUUGUGAGAGGUUUUCCUGCAGAGGGAAGAACCAGCUGGGGUCACACAGGGCUGGCAGGGAGGGAAGGGCUGCUCUCUGUGCCCUGAGUGGGCAGAGAGGGGACCUGAGCUGAAAUUGGGCAUCUCAGCCUUGUGCUGCAGCUCUGAGCUCUGUGCUGAGCUCCUGCCUGAUCUGCAGCCACAGUUCCCAGUUUGGUGCAGGUUUCUGGGGCAGCUGGAGAUGUUCAGUGCUGGGUAAGGGUUGGACUCGAUCUCAGAGAUCUUUUCCAGCCUAAAUGAUUCUAGGAUUAGGACUUGAUUUGGUAUCUCAGUGGCCUGUUUAUCUUGGAAUUUGCUGUAGUUCUGUGUUCUACCAGCCCAAAGGGAUGGGAGAUGUGCCCUUGGGCAGCUGUUCCCAUUGCUUGUCCCUAAAACCAGCUCUUCUUCAGCUGGAUCUGUAGCUCUGAUUGCAGGUUCCUCCCCACCUCAAUAUCCCCACCAAAAAAAAAAAUCCUUAACUUUUACACAACUGACUUGAUAAGUUUUGCUUUUAGCUCUUAAAUUACAAUUAAUUUUUUUUAAUGGAGAUUAAAAUCCAGAUUGCAUUGAUGGCCCUGCAAGUACCUGAGGCUUAGGUCCCUCUCCCAAGUACUGACCUGUCUGUGGCCUUUGUCACCUGGGCAAGGUGUCACCUGUUUGCUGUUGGCACAGGUUUGCAUCUGCUCUUCUCCAGGCUCCCUGACCCUUCUGAACCUUUCCAGUGGCAGUGCCAAGGCUCUCCUGAUGGCCAAACCUGCUUGGCUGGCUGGAGGGAAGGGCUUUGGUGGAGGCUGAUGCCCUGUGGGAAUUUUCCCAGCUCUGCCUUGCCCCUGUAGUGGCAUCUUUUUAUUUAUAACUCACCUGGCUGGCCUCAAAAUGUCAGGAUAAUUCCUGAUUAAAGGGAAAACUGCUGGUACCCCCUGGCUUCAUUCUGUCUGGAGCAAAGGAAAUAGCAAAUUUUGUAUUAAUAUGCCUCCUCUGAUGCCUUUUCUCACCUUCUGCUGCUCCGAGCCUGGCAGGCUUUUGUGGCAUUUCAGAAGAAAAUCCCCUCUGCUUUGGCUGAGGGUGAGGAAAGCUGAGGAAAGCAUCCAGUGCAGAUGGAUUUGGGAAUGCUGGGGAUGCUCCUGUGCCUGUUCCUUUGUGCAUGGCUCUGCUGGUGCUUCCAGAGCCAGGCAGGAUAACAUGGAGUUAAAAUUCCAGCUCUGGAACCUUUGGGAAAGGGCAGACAGAUUUAGGAGCAGGCAGUUUGGGUCUGAUCCCCCAUGGUGAGGGGGAUGCUCCUGCUUUCCCAGGGCUUUGCUGUGCUUGGUACAGGCUGUGCCACCCCUGCCCAGCUCUGCAUUCCCCUCUGCUUUCCCAAAUCCCGGUUCUGCAGCCCUUGGGAUCUUUGUGGGAGCUGUUGACAGGGAUGAUGUGUGCUGGGGCCCUGCAGAUGGUGAUAAAUCUCUGCUGCCGACGUCUCCUCGUCCUUGUGGCUCUGCAGGAAAUCUUGGGGACAAUUGGCUGCAUUUCUUCAUCCCAGAUGGGUGGAAAGUGCUGGCGAGGAUGGAAAACAACUUGUCAGGGGUAGGAAUACUCUUGGCAGGAGCUUUUUGGAUUAAACAAAGCCUUUGCAGGGAGGCUGCAGAGCCCCAGUGGCCACUGCAAGACCUGGGGCUGGAUUCUGGCUCGGGACAGCUUGGGGACAAGUGUCUGCUUCAUGUGCUGGGGAUGGGUGCUGCUCCUCCAUCCUGCUCCCUGUGUUGUCAGAGCACAUGGAUUUGGCCAGCUGGACAGCAGGAACAUCAAAGCUGCACUUUGUUUGCCUUGGUGGGCCUGGUUUGAGAGCUGUGAAUGUGCUGUGCUCAGGCGUGGUGCCUGUGGGGUUUGUCAGGCUGGGUUUUACUGAGGAGGAGGAAAAAGGAAGGAAUUGUUUGUGAAUUUGGGUGUCAGCUCCGUGCUGGAGUGAACAGCAGUGCUGCUGCAGCUGCCCUGGAAUGGGACAGCAGCAGUGGGAGGGCAGUUCCUUAGGAAAUGUGUGCUGGGGAAAAAGGGAAUUCUGUGCAAACGUGCCUGGAGGUGUCAGCUCCCAGGAAAAGCCAAAACCACAGCUGGCUCCGUGUUCACUUUUCAACAAGGAAAUGACUUUUUCUUGCUUUUUAUUAAUUUAAACCUAGUGGAACUCGAUGGGAGUGUUGGGUGUUGUGUGGAAAUGGGUUGUUUAGGCUCAACUUGCUAGUUUAGGGAAUGGUAAUGUGUUAACUCUGUCUUGUGGCUGGCUGCUCACGUGGCCACUAAUCCUGUGUGCUGUUCAGCCUCCAAAGGCUCCUGCUGCCCCUCCCAGGGGGACAGUGAAUUAUUUGGGAUGUGGAGUGGAAGAGAGAGGCACCAAACUGUGAGUGCCACCGACCUUUGGGUGCUUUGUGUGCUGAACUAAAAUGUGUGGUUCUAGUUUUUGUUUGGAUUGCAAUCCUUGGAACUUUUGAGGCAAAGAGCACUUGGCUCGACUGUGUUCAUUAGCUUAAUUAAAGCAAUCUGCACUUUUGUUUUGUCAUUGAUUACUCCCCCUUCCCCCUUCCCAUGUGUAUUUUGCACUCACCACUUUAACAUGACACUGAUGGAUUAAUCUGGGCAUUUCCUGUAGGUUUUGAGUGUGGAUAAGUCUCUAUAAAAAGUAUUAAAAAUGAAGGUGAAAUAUAAAUCCCUGCUUUGUAGAGAGGGCAGUGGGGGGAAACCUUUGGGCAUCACCACCACAAAUCCCCAUGUGGAACAUGAUAAAUUGCAUUUUAACCACCUCACCUGUCCAAGGGCUGGGGUUUUGCCUGUUCUUUUCUUGGUGGCUUUGAGAGGAAUGGGAUGUAUAAAAUCAACACCUGGCCUACUUCACUGCAGGUUUUGGAAAGCUGAGCAAGCCCUGUGUGUUACUUUUACACCUGAUCAUUGUAACCCAAGGAGCCUUUUCCAAUUUCAAAUAAUAAAAAGCAAAGUUUUGUGAA